AUCAUCCCUUCGCGUCUCUCUCCGCGGACCCGCUCCCCAAGCAAACACACAGCCGAGCCGAGUCACCCCAGCCCACACGCCUCCCACCAUUCCUCAACCGCCUCGCUCCCACUUCCCGCCUCGCCGGAGCAGGGGGGAGUGACGGGGGGAUGGAGAUCGACGAGGCGGUGCGCGGGUGCAGCGACCGCCGCAUGCGCACCAAGUACGGCAACGCCGUCUACGUCGUCCAGCGGGCCUUCGCGCUCUACCCGUUUGAGGAAGUAGCCUUCAGCUUUAAUGGUGGGAAGGACUCAACUGUUCUCCUGCAUUUGAUUCGGGCUGGUUACUACCUUUACAAGAAGGAUGCUGGUGAUGUAGCCCAAAUGGAUGCUGUUAAAAACUGUCCAUUGCGUACCAUCUAUUUCGAGAGCCCUUGUGCUUUCCCUGAAAUCAACUCAUUCACUUAUGAGACCGUCUCAACUUAUGGGUUACCACUGGAAACUAUCCAUUCAGAUUUCAAGUCUGGUCUAGAAGGCCUAUUGAAAGAGAAGCCAACCAAAGCAAUUUUCAUUGGCACAAGAAUUGGUGAUCCAAAUGCGGUUGGUCAAGAACAGUUCUCUCCUAGUUCACCUGGCUGGCCUCCUUUUAUGAGGGUGAAUCCAAUCUUGGAUUGGUCAUACAGGGAUGUUUGGUCUUUUCUCUUAACAUGUAAGGUCAAAUACUGCAGCCUUUAUGAUCAAGGGUAUACUUCCAUUGGAAGCAUACAUGAUACUGUUCCAAAUGCACUUCUUAGUGAUUCAUCAACUGAGAAAAGCUUCAGACCAGCAUACAUGCUAACAGAUGGAAGGCUUGAAAGAGCUGGUCGAACAAAAAAAACUAAUCACAAAAUGGAAAUGAAUUCUGUUGCAAGCAAUGGCAUGAACAAUAUUGAGGGAGAACAGAUGAUCUCACGUGCGGCUUCAAUCAUUGUAGUCGGUGAUGAAAUAUUGUUUGGCACAACUGAGGAUAAACUAGGAGCAGCCUUGUGCAAGAAGCUUCAUGCAAUUGGCUGGCGGGUUUCUCAUGUAGCAGUUGUUCGCAAUGAGAUUGAUUCUGUUGCUGAAGAAGUUGAACGCUGCAAAUCUACGGAUGACAUGGUGUUUAUCUUUGGAGGACUUGGGCCUCUACAUUCAGACGUUUCUUUGGCUGGUGUUGCGAAAGCAUUUGGAGUUCGUCUGGCUCCUGAUGAAGAGUUUGAGGAUUAUCUUAGUCAACUCAUGGGAAACAAUUACAGUGGUGAUCGAAAUGAGAUGGCAUUGUUGCCAGAAGGUAUUACUGAACUAUUGCACCACAAAAAGCUACCAUUACCAUUGAUCAAAUGCAGAAAUGUCAUCACUCUUGCUGCAACCAAUGUUGAUGAACUAGACACCGAGUGGGAUUGUCUUCUAGACACUCAGGAGAGUGGUUUAGUUCAGGCAAAACCUUUUGAGUCAAAGCAUCUCGGCACUACACUUUCAGAUGUUCAAAUUGCUCCGGUCCUUGCGAAACUGUGCUUAGAGUUUUCUGAUGUUUACAUAGGGUGUCAUCGGAUAUCUAGAGCUGGGCCUUUGGUUGUGAAUCUUACCGGAAAGGAUAACCAGAGGGUAGAGGCAGCUGCAGAGAAGCUGACGAGAAGCUUUGAAGGACAAUUUUCCCAAGUCGACAGUUGCAAAUAAGCUGUCAGAGUACACACUUCCGUAUUCUUGGCAUAUUCUUUCCGCCUGAAGCUCUGAGAUUGUGCAGGACUAAUGAUGGUGCUCAACUGCCCUAAACCAACGACCAAAAUAAGCCACCGAGCUGGUACUCUGAAGCGACAAAUAUUAUUUAGGACACAUAGGAAUUUUGUACUAGAAAUUGGCUACUGGCUGGGUCUAGCAUAACACUCUAGCCUUGCGCAGCUAAUAUUUUGAUCGGGUUAAGAGCCCAUAAUUAUUGGUUCAAAAUCAAUUCAAUUAUACUAUGAUUUAUAUCAUAGCUUUACUGUUU